GCUUUUACCGGUUUGGUAGCAGGUGCUGCGGUGUGGGCUAUCUGGGGAGGCGAUAUGUUUCCCCAGGAACCGGAUCCCAAAGGGGAUCCCGAAAGGUGGACAACAGAAGAGCUUCGAAGAUGGCUAGCUGCCCGCAACCUUCAUCCUCAAAGUUCGGAUACUCGGCAACAGCUACUGGAGAGAGUGCAGGCAAAUAUGAGAAUCUCGAGAAAUUAGGAAAUGCGGGUGUGUGCCUGGGAUGUAAAUCGAUCUGUUUCUGGGCCCUGGUAAAUUUACAAGGCGCUCUGUCGCCAAGCAGGGAACGGAAUAGCCAGCGUUGAGCUACACUUACGUGCAUGCUUGUAUGUAUGUACACUGGAUAGGUUAAGCAACCGACUGAGAUGUAGGUAGCGAUGCAAACCGUUUCUGUAUGAUCGUUCCCACUAUGAGCAACCGUUAUGCAGCUGGCAACAGAGUUG